CAGAGAGACAGAGAAUCAUGGCGGUAUCAAGUUGCGCUAGGGUUUUCCCCACUUUCGAGUGCCGAUCAGACCCGCCGGAAUAUUCCAACACCCGCCGGUUUUCCACCGGGAAAUCAACCUCAUCAUCGAUCCACAAACCCCUCGCCGCCUCUUUCGCUGGCUCGCCCGGUAAUCUCUCGUCUCUGAUCUUCAAAUUUCCUCCGAAUUUCGUGCGGCAACUUAGCACCAAGGCCCGGAGGAACUGCAGCAACAUAGGCGUCGCUCAGGUCGUAGCGGCAGCGUGGUCCACCAAUCCACCUCCCUCCGCCGCUUCCAUCGAUGCUCCUUCUCCGAUCGAGGUUCCGAUUGUUGAUGAGGGAGUGCCGGCGGACAACGGUAACGGCUCUUUUAAGAUUGAUGAUGUACAGUUGUCAGCUCUAAAUGAUUCUAACACGGCGUCAUUUCUGACCUCUGAUGGUAGCAUUGCCAUUCAUGCUGGUGAAAGAUUAGGUCGUGGUAUAGUUACUGAUGCAAUCACCACUCCUGUUGUUAACACUUCUGCCUACUUCUUCAAGAAAACUUCUGAGCUUAUUGAUUUCAAGGAGGGCCGCCAUGCAAGUUUUGAGUAUGGGCGUUAUGGGAAUCCAACUACUGUUGUUGCAGAGGAGAAGAUCAGUGCACUUGAGGGGGCUGAAUCAACCCUGUUGAUGGCAUCUGGAAUGUGUGCUAGCACUGUUUUGCUGAUGGCACUUAUUCCAGCUGGUGGGUAUCUUGUGACAACUACAGAUUGCUACAGGAAGACUCGAAUUUUCAUUGAGACCAUACUCCCCAAAAUGGGAAUUAAGACUACUGUGAUUGAUCCUGCCAAUGUGGAUGCUUUGAAAUCUGCUCUGGACAAGAAUGAGGUCACUCUUUUCUUUACAGAAUCACCAACAAAUCCGUUUCUCCGGUGUGUUGACAUUGAAUUGGUGUCAAAGCUCUGCCACAGUAAAGGAGCUCUGGUCUGCGUGGAUGGAACAUUUGCUACACCUUUGAACCAAAAGGCCCUCUCUCUUGGUGCUGAUAUUGUCUUGCAUUCUGCAACAAAAUACAUUGCCGGUCACAAUGAUGUCCUUGCUGGUUGCAUUAGUGGUUCCGAGAAGCUUAUGGCUAAAGUCCGUACACUCCAUAACAUUUUGGGUGGUGCUCUUAACCCAAAUGCCGCGUAUCUGAUCAUUCGAGGCAUGAAGACACUGCAUCUUCGUGUACAGCAGCAAAACACUACAGCAUUGAGGAUGGCCAGACUUUUAGAGGGACAUCCUAAGGUGAACCAUGUAUAUUAUCCUGGCCUUGUUAGUCAUCCUGAACACUACAUGGCCAAGAGACAAAUGACUGGUUUUGGUGGUGUGGUUAGUUUUGAGAUUGAUGGGGACUUGAUGAAAACCGCAAAGUUUAUUGAUGCCUUGAAAAUCCCUUAUAUAGCCCCUUCAUUUGGGGGCUGUGAGAGCAUCGUAGAUCAGCCUGCAAUCAUGUCGUACUGGGAUCUUAGCCAGGCAGACAGGGCUAAAUUUGGGAUUAAUGACAACUUGGUUCGAUUUAGCUUUGGGAUUGAAGACUUUGAGGACUUAAAGGCUGACAUCCUUCAGGCCUUGGAAGCCAUAUAAGGCGCAUUACCAUCAUUUGCUACACCUCCCCAUUCUCUUCCAAACUCCUGGUUCUAAGACAUAUGUUUUUUUGGUUUCUGUUUCGAUAUUUUCACCUUGUGAGUCUACAAAUGGUGAUAGUUUUUCAUUUUGGACUAGAACGUUCCUUUCUGCAAUUUGUUGAAUUUCCUUGUGCUUGGCUACUCCUUGAUGCAUUUCCAGAAGAAGAACAAGUAGCAGUAAGAAAAUUGAGUUAAUUAAUAAAUGAUGAAUGGCUACAUACUCUGAAGUAAGAUGAUUACAUGACUACAUACAUCUAGUAAGACGUAAACAAGGGCAUUGGACGGGAAGAAAAAGGGGGAAAGAGAA